GUCGGGUGCGGUUCGUUCGUCGUCGCAUUAUACAUCGCUGCGAACAUAUGCCAGUCUGAUACUAUUUCGCUAACAUUACCACACACGUAUCGAAUACAUUGACAGUGCUCAGUGUCCAGUGCCCGUUUGACCCCUGUAUCGCGAACCUGUGACCGGUGCCGACUUUCUGUGUUUGUGUAUCAUCCCUGAUUGGAUUUGUCACCGAAGCUUUUUGAUGUGACAUCUACAUGAUUUGCUCCUAAACAACUGUGCCAAAUCGUGCCAAAUAUGGAUUUUUUUCAAAGCUUAUAAUCUUUUCUCUAUAUCUCGAUGAUACGGUGAGAAUAAAUGAAGAAGAUGGGACGGCGACGCUGGCGGUUAGUGACGAUCGCCGCGUUCCUUUUGAUGUUCAAAGAUAUACAAUGUCAAGGUGACAAUGACUUUUAUUACACACCAGAAAGAAACUUUGCUCAAGUUCAGCCACCUAUAUUCCCAAACAGUCGACCCACGACGUUUCUGGAAAACGGUGACAGCUACAGAGUAGCAUCAGCGGGGCAACCUUUUUAUAAUGAAGGACACGUACGAUUCCCUAGUCCUAGCUACAACCAAAACCCUUCACCGUUCCAAUUACCGACCGGUAGAAGUCAAUCCGGAACACAAUAUUAUUUAAAUCAACCAGACUUUCCGUCAUCACAACGGCAAAGGUUCAGGCCAGCACCUCCUAUUAAUUACCAAUUAGUAAAUUCGGCUCCUACAAAGAGACCAGAGGAUAACUCACAGAUACAUUCUGUCGCCUACCAGAAUGAUCCAUCAAAACCAGAAACCUUUUUAGGGCAAAUUACUUUAAAUAAUCCCGACAUAGACUCUCUUCAGAAUGGCCGUUUCCAAAAUAUACCGUUUACUGGAAACAGCCUCAAGAGUCACGGACAAUCGGGACAUAUUUCACAUGAUGAUGAAAUUGACAAUGAUGAUCAGGAACUUUAUGAACAUCACAAAGUUACGACUUAUAAUCCUUCGAAGUUAGUCAACCGACCGAGCGUAAAGCCUUCUGGUUCUCGUUUCUCACAUUUUGAUCCUCUUCUUCCUGAAGACAAACGAACACCUCAGAAUUUCCCAACGCCGAAGAAUACUGUCGCAAAGAACUUUAAUCUACCAAAGCACAUUGCUAAUUCGUAUCAUGACGCAUCAACGGAAUAUAAACCUUUAUUAGAUCUAGAGCCGCUGCUUGAAGAUGAUAUAAGAGAUAUAAGUUCCUUCAGGGAAUUGAUGAAAAACACAAAGGGGUCAUUUGAUGUAGAGGUAAUAAAGUCAAAUCAAAGUAAACUAUAUGAUGACAGCAAAUCUGAUGCUAGUUCUAUGGGAUUAGAUAAUAUAGCUCACGAUUCUGCCAUUAAAACACAAUCCAUAGAAAAAAUGUAUACACAAAGGCCUCCUGUUGUUUCAUCAAGUACACAAACUAUUCCCAGCAGUUCUGAAAAGAAUGAUAGUCAUGCAGAUGUUGAUACUGAAAGUCAAGAAGGAGAAGAAGAGGAAUAUGACGGUGAAUAUUAUGAUGACGAAGAAGAAGAAACGCAGGCAGCUCAAACUACACCAAAAAAUACUGAAACAAGUAAAGAGCCAGUAACUGAUAUUUAUGAUGAAUAUGACUCAACAGAAGAGACUGAAAAAUCUGAAGAGACUCCAAAAGUUAACACAACGAGUUCGUAUGAAGUGUUGGUAAUGGAACCAAACAAAACAAUGGUAAAGGAUGAUAAUUUUAAGGAAUUUGUUGAUUCGACUGUUAUUGAUCAACCAGAACAAGGAUUAGAUAAUGAUGCUGGUGAACCUAGCCAAAAAUUCACAUUUUCUAAAGAUGAUAAAGAAGACGUUUCAUCAAUUGAAACUCCGUCAAUUUUAGGUGAAGAGGUGGUUUCGGUGGUUACUACAAAAAGUGUUGUAAACGGAACUAUAUCUAUCCCGAACGUGACUUAUUCCCCUACUCCAAAAUCAAAAAUAUCACAUCCCAGCAGCUCUCCUUCAAUUCAAGAAAAUGAAGAUGGAGUGUCAGUCACUACAGAAAAUUGGAUAGUAGUUGCCUCAGUACAAACCAGCAGAAGCGUUUCGGGUGCUCGUUUCUUACCAUUCCCAACAGUUGAACAAGAAGAAAAGAAACAAGUACUUACAGAUGAAGAUGAAGAGAAUGUUACCGAAAAUCCAAAAGAUGGAUCACGUAGUUCAUCUUCAACUGAAAAUAUAAAUGAUAAAUUAGAUACUAUCCAAUCUGAGCUAUCAAUUGAUGUUUUAUCUGGUAGUAUUGAUAAUGAAAAUAAAAAUAUUGAAUUAAUAACCGAAACAACAACAGAUCGUAUGCUUGCAUCAUCUUCAACCACUCAAGGUCCUGUUAAACUUUUCACCGUAAAGAGCACACAAUCUUCAGCUAUAACAGAAAGAGCUUCUCCUGAUCCUCUGCCUGUAAAUAUAAAGAAAUUUGCACCUCGAUCAUCAUCGACAACACCUAAACCAAGAAAGAAACCGUCAUUAGUGACAGUAAUGGAUGAGCUUCCUUCUGCAUUUUUACCACCAGGAUAUAAACCAAAACUAUCUUUUAAGGAUAAACGUACUAGCACAACAACGCCAUCUACAACAACAACUAGUACUACAACUACAACAACUACUCCAUCACCUCCUCCUUCAAUAGCUAACGUGAUUAUCAAUGGAACUCAAGGGCGAUCUUCUGGAAUAAGCUCCAAAAACAAAGUAAUUAUUCUUGACGAUAAAUCAUUGCUGCCGAAAGAAUAUAAGCCGAGAGAAAAGCCUAAAGAAACCAAAACUCCAAAAAUACAAGAAGAUGAUUUGAAUAAAUUUUUACCUCCAGGCUAUAAACCACCGACCGAAAAUACCGACUUGAAAAAUAGCACUUUAGUCGUAGAAAAGAUAGACAUUUCAGCAUUGCUUCCUAAAGGAUUCAAGUUGAAUAAUACAAAUAUUGCUCUUGAUGUAUCGGAAAUAACUAGUACAACGUCGAAACCUGUUAAAAACAUUCCUAAACUUCCUGCGAGCGCUGUUGAAAUAGAUCUUUCAGCUUUGCUUCCACCUGGCUUUAAACUCAAUAGUAGUGAAAACACAAAGAUUGAAAGUCCUUUGGAGAAAAUAAAAAUUGCUGAUGUCUCGAAUCUUUUGCCACCUGGAUUCAAGCUAAAUAAUACUGAGGAAACUAUUGACACUCCUAAAGUAGAGGCAACAACCUCUGCACCGGGAGGAUUCAAAGUAGUUUUUCCUUCACGGCCAGGUGGUAAAUUGACAAGGAAAAGCACUACUCAAAAGUCCAGUAUUGGUCCUCCGCCAGUUACACCAAAAAUACAGAAAGGAUGGCCAACAAGAGCCUCAACUGAAUUCACUGGAUGGCCAUCUCCUUCAACGACGCCGUUUUCACUCGAGAAGCUGCUAGAAUUGCAAAGAAAUGCGACCUCCACAACUCCGUUAGCCGAUUUAAGUACCGAAGCAUCGACUCGACGCGUUGUAACGACGACCACCACGACCCAGGCACCGCCGGCGCCGACUACUCCUGGCGUUUGUCGACAAGAGUGUGACAUUGCCGCUACUAUAAAACUAGUUUCAGGAGUAAAUUGGAUUCCCGAACUACUCGACCAACAUACAAAGGAAUGGAAAAAGUUAGCAAAGGAAGUGAAAGAGGAGCUCAACUCUGUUUAUUCCAAGAACGAUUUACUAAGCAAGUGGUACAAAGACAUUCGCAUCGAUGGGUUCAGUGAAGGCUCCGUGCUCGUCGAUUACUUCAUUGAGCUGAAAAACGUGGAAGAUAAAGUUGACACGUUACAGAUUAAAAAACUGUUCCACAAAUCCCUGCACGAAGCCAAACCUGGUUCUGUCGUCGAGGAAAUACCAGAUCCAGAAUUCGACCCCGACGCGAUGCAGGGUGAUCAGCCCGAUGAAGACAGACUGAACAAAAGUGACGAGCAGAUGACGAAAACAAUUGAUAAAUCCUCCGGAAAGUUGGAAAUUGGAAAGUUUGUGAUGGACCCCGCAUACACGGAAUUCAUUGUUUUGCCGAAACGAGAGGAGCCAACUAUAGUGGAGCCAGAUGAAGAAUCUCUCCUGCCGCAGUGGGGCAUCGCUGUCAUUGUUAUUGCACUCGCCUCUUUGCUGUUCGUGGUGAUAUUCGGUGUAACUGUGCUGGUAAACCGUCAAAAGAGUGCAAAAACGAAGCAGCCAAUACCACUCAGCGAAGACAUGUUGAGGGAGCUGGACAAGAGCCACAUGGGAGGCUUCGACGACGUUCAUCCGAUGAAGGAACGAGACCUUCCAUAUCUGCCAUCUGGAAAGCGAAUGUCAACUGCAUUCAUAGAACAGCUGGCAUAUCCGAACCCCGGAGACUCGUGGCGCUCCGAGUGGACCCCGCAGCUGCAGAAGUAUAUGCAACACUAUACUCCUGACUCGGGUCGCGGCUCGCAGAUAUAUGGCACUGGAGGAAACGGAUAUGGAUACGGAGGCUCGCAGCUGUACGGGCAGACUGGAGGAGGAUCCCAGGUCUACGGCUACACCGGAGAGUUCCCUCGCUCGCACUACUCCAGGCGCCGCUCCGAAUAUGACAGAGACUUUUAAACUAACUUAUUAUAUACCACCCUGACAAUAUCAUCUUUUAACCUCAAAUUAGAAUAGAUUUCAUUUAUCUAGUGUUAGAUCCGAGGGCCUCCGUUUAAAGCUGGGUUCAUGAAUGUUAUCGUGCACACCCAGCUUUGACUCAUGGUAGGUCGGGAACGUUCGCAUUUUGCAUCACAAGUUCUGAUAGACGAUAAGAGGCUGAAAUUAUUUAUGCGUAUAUAAGGACUUUGGAUAGGAAAAUAUCAUAAAAUCACUUUCAACCUUGAGAUUCCUUCGUUCAAUCUCGAUGGCAGCGCAACAAUUCAGCGUCUUAAUCUCGUCGACAGCCAGUGUUUAGGUUUAGUCCGGCCUAUAGAUGAUCGACUAUUUAAAUCAGAUUUUGAUAUUAAAAUGUUUCUUAUGACCAAACUAACAAAUUAUGAGAAAGUGGCCUACGACAUUUUACUAGUUCAAAUCUGAGCUGCGAAUUUUAGAUUAACGAAUUAGAUAAUAUAACUGAUGUCACACUUUAGUAAUCUUUCAAAGAAUUGGAACACAGUAAUUUUAUGAAUAAUGUCACUCAGCGAGCUAGAUCAUAGAUGUGACUUUUAUGUAGAUGAAGGAGACAAGAAUGGCAACCUAGUUAUUAAAACUCGACUCUGAAAAGUCCUGCUAAAAGAAAAGUUACUGAAGGAUUAUUAAAUUGUGAUAACUAUUUCUUUCGACAAUUAUUACCUGCCAAAAUAGUAACUACGACUGAUUGUAUGAUGUAAAUAAUUAGUUUAAGUGAUUCGUUAUAGAUGAGAUGAAUAGAAGAAAUUUUAUGGAUUUCAUUAGAAGUCUCGUGCAUACCUAUAUUUGCUCAGACAAGUAGAAUCGGCGUGAGGUAAAUAGUCGCAUGAAGCUAGACACACUGGUCAAAUGGGCCAUGUGGAGGUCAUAGACGCCCAAUGGCCACAUGACACAGUAUUGACUGUGUCAUAAUAUUAUAUUAUGUCAUAACUCAUAACAAUGUUACGUAUUAUCUUAUUGCGGAAAUAAAUAAGUUAUUGAUGCGUGACGUUGCUUAAAUUAUGCAGGGGUAGCGUUUGUCUUUAAAUGUGUCGUCUAGUUCAACGUCGUUGUGCCAAAUGUUAUUGUAAAUAUUGAAUUGUAAAUUUGGAAUUGUGUUAGCGCGAAAUUUGUCCACAUAAAUAUAUUUUCAUCUUGAUUUUGCUAUGGACUUUAUUAUAAGAAGCUCAGAGUCCCAAAUUCAAUAAAGUACCUUUCGUAACGAUCGAAUUAAUGGACAUUAAGAUCGUAGAAAUAGCGUAAAAGGAUGUAUAGAUGAUAGAAUAUGAUUCUGAAAUAAAAGAGAAGGAAGUAAUUUA